AUGGAAUGUUCAAACACCAAACUCAUAAAACCAAACCCAAAUAUAUCAGAAAUUGUUAGCAAGUUGGCAAAAGUGUGCACAUUGAAAUCCAUUGGGGUGUUCUCAUCUGAACUCCCCAAUCUCCAUCACUUGCACAAACCUGUUUGUGAUAAUGCCUCAGUGAGUGGAAACACUAGUAGUGUUGCAAGUGAUGAUAAUAGGAGCCAUGGACAGAAAAUCCAUCCACAUCCCAUUGAAUUUGAGGUGCCUAAAGGUGAGGGUUUUUGUGCUGGUUUGGAGAUCAUGAAGAUCUUCGAUGUUGUUUCGGCUAUCAAAUUGGCUUAUCUUGAGCUUCAACAAGCUCAUAUCCCUUAUGACCCUCACAAGGUUGUUUCUGCUGAUAAAAGAGUAAGUGCUGAGCUUGAGAAGCUUUGCAAGUUCAAGGUUGAAUAUAAGGAGAAGCAAUGCAGGAUUGCAAUGUUAAAUGCUGGGAGAUUUGAUCGCUUACGAUCUGAAAUUAAGGCCAAGGAAGCAUUGUUGGGGAAGCUUAAGGGUAAGAACAAUGUUAAAGACUCUAAGAUUCUUCGGUUGCGACAAGAGCUUCAUGAUUUGGAGAUGGUGAAUAAGAAUCUGACAGAGAAGAUCAAGAGGAUAAAUAAGAUGAAGAAUGCAAGUGUUUCGACUGUUGCUAAGUUCCAUGAGCAAAAAUGGAUUGAGAAUGAUGCUGUUUAUGUCAAAAGGGGAGACAAGAAGUAUGCUUUCGAGGCCUACAUUGCUCGCAGAAUGUUUCAUGGGGUGUCCUUAAGAUCUUAUGAUGUUGGUGAUGUUGUGAAGUUUGAUGAUCCAAUUGAUGCACUGAUGGAGAAUCCAGGCUCAGAUUUCUCCAAAUUUUGCAGAACAAAGUAUCUUCUGGUUGUUCAUCGCACAAUGGAAGAGUCUUUCUUUGGAAAUUUGGAUCACCGGAGUUUGGUUUCAAACGGCAAGCACCCGAGAACAGAGUUCUAUCAAUUAUUCACGAAAAUGGCUAAAUGGGUUUGGGUUUUGCUAGGUUCUGCAGCAUCAAUAGACCCCAAUGCAACCAUGUUUUAUACAGACAAUGGAAGCAUGUUCUCAAGUUUGUACAUGGAAUCUGUCAAUGUGGAAAGAGAGAUUGCAGAACAAGGAACCUACAGUGUUCAGUUCAUGAUCAUGCCUGGCAUUAAAAUCGGACAAACAUUGGUGAAGUCUCAAGUUUAUAUCUCAAAACAAUCUGAAGCUUUGUAG